AUGCCGCGCAGCAGUCCAGUCAAAAUCGCUUGUCGUCUGUGUCAUGACCGGCGGGUCAAAUGUGACCGCAGUGAAGGUGUCGCGUGUUCCAACUGUCGGAAUGCCCGGCGCCAAUGUGAGUUGAUUAUAUCUCGUCGUGGACGGAGACGAAAGCUUCUUCCCCUGACCACUCAAGCAGACUUAGGCAGUGAUCUUUCAGAGGCCUCCCGCAAUGUGCCGUAUGAAGGACUGACAAGUUCCAACCCUCCUCUGACCACUCAUGCUCAAGAUGAUGGAGAUAAGCCACGGCAAGAGCCAUGUUUCCCAGCCCAAGGCCCAAGUGGAAAAACUCCAUAUGUUGGAGAUUCUUCCAAUCUCAAUUAUUUGAUCCAACAGUUUGGAAAUCCUUUCGUAGGUACGACGGAUGCUCGCCCACUUCAGGACCACCUCCACGGGGCAAUGCUGGCCCGGUUGGGCAGGCCGACGACGCAAGAAAUCGAAAAGCUUCACAUAUCUACUAUUGAGCGAAUCAAGAACCAAGGGGCAUUUGAUCUUCCGUCACAAGAGACGAGCCAGGCCCUUCUCGAUUGUUACUUUCAUUUCUCACUUGCUGCACCUAUUCUUGAUAAGUCAAGAUUUCUUGUCACUCUCGAGGAAGGCAAAUCUUCACACUUGCUCUUGAAUGCUAUCUACCUCGCUGCCACUAUAAAUUGUUCGGAUUCCGUCAUUGCUGGUGCCGGAUUUGUGUCCCGAUACGCUGCAAGCCUAACUUUUUACCAGAGAGCCAAAUCUCUGUACGAUGCUGGAUAUGAAACCGAUGCGAUAGCGACGAUUCAAUCAACAUUUCUUAUGGGCUAUUGGUGGAAUGGUCUUCUAGAACACAAAGACCCUUGGUACUGGGUUGGUAUCUCUGUGGGAAUGGCGCAGGCUUUAGGACUGCAUCGAAUAAAGUCAUAUAACCGUCUCGAAGAGAAAGAACGAAAAUUAUGGCGAAGAUUAUGGUGGAUGGUAUAUGCCAUGGACAUAAAUCUGUCUAUGCUUCUCGAUCGUCCCCCACACGUGCAAGGAAGACUUUGCAAUGUCCCCCCUCUGUCGGAAGCAGAUUUUGACCAAGCCAUGGAUCGCUUCUUCACUAUCAAAUUUGACGAAGAUAGUGGCCAUUCACAAGAUAUCUGUUUAGAGCAAAUCUCGUUGUGCUCUUCAUCCCUUUCCCCGGAAUUCAAGUCGUUGUCGCCAAGUAGCAGCAAGUGGGCUAUAUUGACUCAUAUAUUAUACCAGGAAUACCGGCUACUUUUGCAUCGGAGCAACCCAAGGUUUUCUCUCAAUACCGGACCAGGCACUCCGACAUUCGAGAUAUGUGCGGAGAUCUACAACAUGCUAGAAAUACUCAUGGCAAGUGAUCUUCUCUAUGCAGCCGCAGCUAGCAUAGUUGCACCCGUGCUGUCUGUGCUCUCAAUCUAUAUUGUCAACAUACACAGAGGGGAUACUGGUGUCCGAUGGAUUUCACACCAUCGCGCCCAGUUAUGCAUGCUGAUACUUGACAAGUUGCAAGAUCGGUUCCCGGUACUUGCAGCCUUCUAUCCAAUUUACGAAUCCCUGCUUAGGCGACACUCUGCAGGUGGGCAGACACAAGAUGGCGCAAGGGUAGCAGAGCAUUCAGCAACAGGAUCCUCGAUGGGAAAUGGUGCGAGUCAACUUGAUAACGAAAGCAACCCUGGUAGUAUCAACCCCACUGCAGGCUUAUUUGAUCAAGUUGCGCAAGACGGCAUGGGCAUGGCGUUUCCUUUCUCGUUUCCAUUCGGGAACCUGUUCGAAGAUGUCUUUCUGAACUCACCUUCUCAGCCUACAGCUUAUUGUGAAGAUGAUAUAUCCUAUCCUUAG